UACCGACCCGUCGGCAGAAAUAGAAAAAUCAUCCGCAAAAGGUUUGUGCAUCGCUUUUUCUCUCUGCGAAACCCUAAAUAAAAAUAAUCGCAAAAUCAAUAAUUACGCUCUGUGAGUUUUCUGAGGGAAUACAGAUUAUUGAAGUGUAGUGUCAGUUGGGGGAAUAAUGUCAUCUGUAUCGAGUCAGUCGCAAUUCCGUCUUACCCAACCGCCAUCGAAGGUGUUGCAUUUGAGAAACUUGCCAUGGGAGUGCACUGAAGAGGAAUUGGUUGAGCUUGGGAAGCCGUUUGGUAAUGUUGUUAAUACCAAGUGUAAUGUUGGACCGAAUAGAAAUCAAGCUUUCAUUGAAUUUGCGGAUCUGAAUCAAGCUAUUGCGAUGAUAUCGUAUUAUGCAUCAUCCUCAGAGCCUGCUCAAGUUCGAGGGAAGACAGUUUACUUGCAGUAUUCUAAUAGGCAAGAAAUAGUGAACAACAAAACGACUGCUGAUGCUGGUGGAAAUGUGUUGUUGAUUACCAUUGAAGGGGCAGAUGCACGCCUGGUCAGCAUUGAUGUCUUGCACCUGGUAUUUUCUGCCUUUGGGUUUGUUCAUAAGAUUACUACCUUUGAGAAGAUGGAUAGAUUCCAGGCUUUGGUGCAAUUCUCCGAUGUGGAAACUGCCUCUUCUGCGAAAAAUGCCCUGGAUGGAAGAAACAUCCCUAGUUAUCUGCUUCCUGAACAUCUUGGGCCCUGUACUCUUAGGAUCGCAUAUUCUGGUCAUACAGAUUUGAGUGUAAAAUUUCAGAGCCAUCGGAGCAGGGACUACACUAAUCCAAACCUUCCUGUUGCACAAUCAGCUAUAGAUGCAAAUGGAAUGUUCAGCAUGGGCCUUGAUGGGAAAAAACUAGAACCUGAGAGCAAUGUUCUUCUUGCAUCAAUCGAGAACAUGCAGUAUGCUGUCACAUUGGAUGUUUUACACAUGGUCUUUUCUUCUUUUGGUCCUGUCCAGAAGAUUGCCAUGUUUGAUAAAAACAGUGGACUUCAGGCUUUAAUUCAAUACCCUGAUGUCCAGACAGCUGUUGUUGCCAAGGAAGCAUUGGAAGGACACUGUAUCUAUGAUGGAGGAUUUUGCAAGCUUCACCUUUCAUACUCACGCCAUAAUGAUCUUAGUAUUAAGGUCAAUAAUGAUAGGAGCAGAGACUACACGAUUCCCAACAAUGUAACGGUGAACCCCCAGCCUUCAAUUCUUGGGCAGCAGCCAGUUGCAACACAUGGUCCUCCUUCUCAUCUAUACACUGGAGCUCAGUUUGCUCCAACUUCAGAGCAUUCAAUGAUUCCUCAGCCUUCUUCUGGAUGGGCCACUGGCUUUCCACCAGUACCCAAUUCCAUGCCUGGCCAGAUGAAUAAUAAUCCUUACUUGCCACCUGGAACUAUGCCACCUCAAAUGGGCCAUGGAAUGAUGCAGAUGCCUAGCCAUGGUGGCCCACCACAUACUCAUGCAAUGCCCCCUUACAGACCUUAUCAUAUGCAAUAGCAAGUACUCUAUUCAGUUCUAUUAAUCUAUUUCGCGUACCAGAGUUUGCAGAAGUGGAGGAAGCUAUUCUGAGGAGAAUACCACUGUUGAAAACCAGUUACUUACCCGAGAUCUCAAGGUUUUAAAGCUGAAGUGCCUAUAACAUUUCUUCUCCUUCAGCUAUUUUGCAGGUGAGAUCGAUGUAAACAGCAAGCUCCAGCACCUUCGUUUGGUUCUAGGAUUGUUGUUAACUGCGGUUGUCUGUUGAUUCCAUUGUGAAAUAUUAUGACUGCCACAAUUUGUUUAUUACUGGAAAGUUAAUGGGCGUAAGUUGAUAGAAAUAUUUUACUUUC